AUGGCGGAGAGAAAUCCGGGACAACCGGGACAACCACGAGACGUAUCGGAGGCGGUGUUGCAGAUUCUCGCUAAUCAACAAUCGCUCAUGCAGCAGAUGUCCCGGCAGCUGGUGGAAACACAAAAUGCUGUCCAAGGUUUGUCUCACAAUCAAAUUGUGCUGGAUUCCCUAUCAAGCAACAUGGUGGAAUUUGUCUUCGACAAAGACAAUGAUCACACUUUCGACGCGUGGUUUUCUCGCUAUGCCGAUAUCUCUGAGAUAGAGAUGCCGCCAGACUGGAUGACGCCGCCAAAAUAUCAUUGCUUCCAGACAACCAAAGAAGAUAGUGAUGAUUAUCUGGCAUACUCGUGCAAGGUUAACAAAGCUUGUGUUGAUUUUAGGCUGUCAGAAUUGACUGAGGAACAAUUCAAGUGCCUCAUCUUCGUCAGUGGCCUCAAGUCAAAAGACGACGCAGAAAUCCGGAUGCGCCUAAUCAACAAACUCAACGGAGCAGCUGACUUGACCCUACAACAAGUGGUUGAGCAGUGUAACUCUUUAGUUAACCUCAAACAAGACACAGUGCUAGUGGAAAAUUCAACCUCCUCUGUGAACCAGCGCCAGUCGGGAACAGCCACGGACACCCUGCUGGGCAUGCGAAGGAAUGCAUGUUUUUCGUCAAAAACUUCGACUAGCAAACAAAACAAUAACCAGUCGAACAAAAAUAACACAAAGCGGAAUCCACCUUCGAAGACCGUCACCGUUCAGAAGGUCAGCGAAGGGCGAAAGUUCGUGCAGCUUCACGUCAACAUUGUUCCGCUCCGUCUUCAGUUGGACACACGGUCUGACAUUUCAAUCAUCUCGCAUCGGUCGUGGAUAAAACUUGGUCGACCGAAAGCGAAACCAGCAGUUUGCAGUGCCUGA